CACUGUUGUGUUUGUCAGUGUUUGAACAAGAUAGUAAUGGCAGGACCUGUGACUGACCCCAGCCCAGUUACCUUUGAGGCAUACCUGAAGGAUCGUUUAGAUACAAAAGGACUUACAAUUGAUGAUUUAAAGUUCCAUCAGUGUAGCGAGAGUGUGCUACGCAAACUGAGUAGAAGUCUAGAUAACUGGAAGCUAGUUGGUUAUUCCUUGGAACUCACACGUUAUGAUAUUCAGGCCAUUAAAGAUGAUAACAGCUCCAUUGAAGAGAAAAGAAUGGAGUUGUUAUACAAAUGGAAACAGAAGAAUGGAGAUGAUGCCACAUAUUAUAAUCUUAUAUUUGGUUUACAUGAUGCUGACAGAAUUGAAUUGGCUGACGAAGCUCUAGACUGUUUGAAAGAAAAUAUAAUUGAGAUAAAGAGGCAGCAGGAGAAAGCACAGCAAGAACAGGAAGAGCGAGAAAAGGAAGAAAGGCUGGAGCAGGAAAUACAACUAGAAUAUGAAAUGAAAGAAAAUUUUCUGACAAGAAUGAAAAGUAAGGUGUUAUCGAAAGGUCUUGAUGUUCCUGAUCUUCAAGUGAAUUUGAGACAAGAAGAUGUUGAUUCAGUGGCAGAGCUUAUUGGGAAGGAUUGGUAUACUUUUGGAAAGUAUAUGAAAGUGGAAGAAAGUACAUUAGAUCACAUGAAAGAAGUGGGGAAAAAUAAAAUUGAAAGAAAGAGAAAGCUGCUGGAACAUUUGAUUAGUAAAAAAGUUCGCUUUGAAGAUAUAAUAUAUGGUUUGUACAACUCAUCUGAUGAGGAUAAUCCAUCUAUUGAUGGCAUUCUAGAAUAUUUGUUCAGAAUUAGGAUUAAACAACCAGAAGAAUCAUUUGAUAACAGUUUAAAGCUAGAGGAAAAGCAGGGCCAGUCAUACAAAAGACAGAAUCCAAUGUCACAACCUCAGGGUCAGAGUUCACCACCAUCUCUCACUGUUAUCAGACAAAGAAUUUCAGUCCCAUGGCAAGCAAAGUUUGACAAAAGACGAAAGAAGCCACCUGCAUCAUCACGAUUAAUAUCAUGUAGUCACUUAAAUGACUUGACACCUGAUAAUUACCGGGAGCAUUUCUAUAGUGCACUGUGGUUUGAAGAAGAUGAACAUAUUAAAAAACUGUCAAGAAAGUGUGAUGGUGUAGAUUACAAGCUCACCAUAUAUGAUCCAAAAAAAGUUCCUUCAUUUCUUGCUCAAGAUUCAUUUCAUAAGUAUAGAUAUGGUUAUAUUUCUGGCUUAUCCGAUGAUAAGAUCGAGUAUGCUACACAAGCAAGUGAUAACAUCACAAUAUCACAACCAGAUAGCUCAACACAUUUAUGCAUGGCAUUUAAGCAUGCCUACAACUUCGAUCACCUUGAAAAUCGUAUGUAUAUUGUUUCUCCUGAUUCUCUCAAAUUGUCUGAAGCAGUGAAGAAUAGUACCACAGUUAGGGAAGGGAGUGAGAUAAGUGUCUCUGCUCAAUUUACAGUGAAAUAUUCCUACUUUGAUCAUCUUCAUCAUGCUGUUGUCAAGGCUCCUGAGUAUGUUCUCAAGUGUCUGUUGCCUGAUGUUUUUUCUUUUGGUGACCCAUUCUUUACAUUUGAUCCUCGGCAUUCUAAUUUUCAUUGCAUGGAGCUAGAUAAAAAGCAUCAGUUGAAAGCUCUAGAGAUGAUUGCAUUUGAAUCUCCAUCAAUUGGCAAACCUGCUCCUCAUGUCAUUCUCUAUGGUCCAUUUGGUACUGGUAAAACUCGAAUCCUUGCUCGUGCUGCAUAUGAAGUAAUGAUGAAUGGCAUCAGUAAGAAAAAAUGUACUAGAAUAUUGAUUUCUGCUCACCACGAAAUAUCAAUAACAACCUUCAUUUUUACUUAUUUUGGUGUAAUUGGAAGAUUAUUCCGCCUUCCUUUUGAAGUCAUCUUAAUUUCUAGACGAAAAAAUUAUGGAGUUUAUGCUGACAUGUACAUGACACCAGAGGAGUUUUCCAAAAAAAGUGCUUAUAUAAGCACAAUGAGUCACGUCAUUAUUAUCACUACAUACACCAUGUCUCUCAACCUUUAUCAGUACCUCUACUCUCCUGAAGGUUUCUUCACACAUCUUUUUCUUGAUGAAGCAGCUCAGGUCCGUGAGCCAGAAGCUAUCAUACCGCUUGCUCUAGCUACUAAAGAUGCUAAAAUAGUCCUAGCAGGUGAUACCCAGCAGGUUGGCCCUAAUAUAUUGGUGCUGGGACAAGAAGCCAAAAAGUUUGGGCUUAAUGUUUCUUUGUUGGAGCGUUUGUUGAUGAAAUAUAAAGAGAUAGGUCCAGUGACAACACGUUAUGUCACUAAAUUGUCAGUGAAUUACCGAUCACAUAAUUCAUUGAUAGAUUUGCCAAACCUAUUCUAUGAAAAUUUGGAGCUGAAUACUGACAAAAAUUUUCAGAAAUGCAGUGGCCCUACUGGCUAUAGAUUUGUGUCUGCUGACUCGAGGCUGGUUGAGCAAUAUGAUGAUCCAGAUCAGCAAGGGAUUGAGGCAUGCAUUGUCUUAGAAGAGGUUCGAAAUUACUUGGAGAAGAUGAAACAAAUAAAUCCCAAAUUUAAUCCUCGACAUGACGUUUGCAUUAUCACAUCAACAAGGAAGCAGUUGAAUUGUAUCAGAAGCAUGGCCUUUAAUUACAAUAAAUAUGAAACAGUGAGAAAAGUUAGCUUUAAGCCUUCUUUUAUGAUACAAGGUCAUGAGUUUCAAGCUAUCUUUUUAAGUCUCUUUGAGCUGGUAGAAGAUGAUGAAAUGAAUGCCUCCUAUAUUAAGAGUUUGUUCAAUCCUUAUGUCUUUAAUACUGUCAUAACAAAGGCCAAAUUUCAUGUGGUUGCAAUUGGAAGUCCAGAAGAAGUUAAGCAGUUUGAGCUUGACACACUCUCUCAUCCUGACCGUGGUGGCAAUGCUACAAAAUGCUGGCAUGAAUACUUGAAGUUAUGUGAAAAGCAAGGAACUUUAAGUGGUAUUAGUAAACAAUUGUUGCCAUAUAAAGUUUCUGAACUAAAUGAAAAGGAGGAAAUAUCUGAAUUUAUGUCACUUGAAGAUGAGCUUCCAGCAUUGAGUGAUACAUUGAGCCCUGAUGAAAUUUAUAAUUUAGAAAAUAUUCAUAUGUUAAAUGAGAAAUUAAAAUCAGUUACUGAAAAAUUGGUUGUAAAGGAUAAAGAAGUUAGAACAAUGAAAGUGACGUUGAACCAAUGCCAAGAAGAGUUAAUCAGAAAGAUAUCAGAAGAGAAAAUAGCUUUAAGAAUUAGUACUAUCAAAGGAGAAUUGAGCCAAUGCAAAUCAGAAUUUAAAAUCGAAAUAGAAACUUCAAAAAAGAAAUUUGAAGAUGAGAUUGCUUCAAUUAAAAUCCAUCUAGAAGGAUUAAGAGAAGAAAAAUUUACUGUGCAAAAAGAAAAGGAGUCAGUUGCUAAUUGUCUAGAAGAAUUGAAGAAAGAAAAAUUAACUAUGCAAUCAACUUUAAAAGACCAAGAUAUGUAUGCAGCAAAAUUGAAAAGAGAAAAGGAAAAUUUGAGGUCAACUAUGCAAUCAAAGUUAGAAGAAGCAAAGAAAUUGAAAAAAGAAAAUAAAAAUUUGAUCUCAAAGAAUAAUGAAAUUGCUGCUGAAUUGAGCCAAUUCAAAAAGAUAAAGUUGACUGAAGAAAAGUUAGAAAUUGACAGUGGACGUGGAUUUAGAGCCCCAUCAACAGUGAAGGUGUCAAGGAAAUUUUCAAUGGGUCUUAUGUAUACAAUAUUUUUAUUGUUUCUUGUGGCUACUUGCUGGAAACCAGAUCCCAAGAUAUUUAUUAGCCCUUUACCAGGUGUCAAAGUUAUUGCAUCAAAUAGAUUCUUAGUAGCAGGUGGUCAGUCUAGUCAGUUACACUGGGAGGAGUAUGGUUUGAUGCUUGAUAUUCCAAGUGAUGCACUUCCUUGUGGCUUUCUGGCUGAGGUUGUCAUUCGUGUUAGUGUGUCUGGCCCAUAUGUUUAUCCUGAUCCAAAAACCUGGAAACCAGCCAGUGCUGUAUACUGGAUAUCAAGCAGUAAAGAAUUUGUAAAUCCUGUAUUACUGGGUAUAUGGCAUAAUGUGAAAGAAAUUGUAAAAAGCUCAUCGAUCAAAAUAUUAACAGCUGAAGACACCCCACAGAAUAUGUCAUAUAUAUUUAAUGAAUUCUUGGGUGAUUUUAGUGUCAAAGGAUCUUAUAUCUAUUUUAAGCUCACCAGUUUUAGUGGUAAAACAGCAAGUACCAAUUCUGAAGUCAAAUUUCAAGGUGCUUUAUUCUCCAAAAAGUCUGAAAUUUACAAGUGGGACUACAGCCUUGUUAUUUACAGGUCUCAAGUUAAUGGUGUGAGAAAAAGUCUACUGGAUGAUGCAGACUAUGAAGGCUGGAGUCAGGAAACAAAAGACUUUGGUGUAAUAUUUGAAAAAAACAGCACAAUUUUAGAGCUGAAUAUAACUGCUGAUCCACCUGUGGAAAAUUGGGAAGUUCAAGAAAAAUUUACUCCACUUUCUUAUGAAAAGGAUGAGCUUCAAAGUCAGGAGGAUAUAGAGAGUAACAUGCAAUUUAUGCUUUAUUGGAGUGGCAGUGGUCCUUUUGUUGUCAGCACUUGUCUAAAAUUUCCAUUGAAAGGUGCAAAACGCCCAACAACUAUCACUGUGAAUCCUAGUACAAGUAAUCUUGAGACUGAGAGCAAAGACACUAAAUUCAACAAACGUAUGAAACAAGAAUUAAGUAUAAAGGAUUUGGAUGAAGUUGAUUCAGUGUUAAAGAAAAACAGUUUUGACAGUAGUGAAUGGAAGGUCCUUGGACUAAAGUUAGGUUUAUUUCCACCAAAACUGAACACAAUUGAAAAUAAUAAUCCUAAAAAUUCUGAAGCAUGCCUAAGAGCCACCUUAGAGGCAUGGCUACAGCAUGUGGAUGGUGUUGAUAAGAAUGGAGGAGCAAAUUAUAAUGCAUUGGUUAAUGCUCUUGUAAAGAUUGAUCAGACAUCAGUAGCUGAAAAAAUAAAAGACCAUGUACAUUAGAUAAUGUCACCAUUCCCAAGAUCCUUUUUUGUAUAACUGCAUAACAUUCAAUGUUUUAUACAUGGUUUAAAUCACUUAUUAUUUUAUUCUAA